AUGAGCAAAGAUGGCAUUGAUGCCGGCCACAUUGUCAAGGCAGUGGAGUACGGUAUCACGAUUCCUCGAACUCAACGUUGGCCAAAAAGCUGGGAUGAUGUUUUCGACCAGAGCACCAAUUAUUUGUGCUUGGAGGGGACCAACAGAAAUCAUUGCAGCAGUGUGCACCAUAAAAACCUCGGGCAACCAUCUCGCAUCAUGACCGCUCAAGCCGAGAAACGUGCACGAUAUCGUCACUUGGACAGAGUGUUGUGUCGGCCCGGCGCCUUCACAGAUCCCGACAUCUUUGUGCCCGGCGAGGCCAACUUGACAAAUCUGGACAAUCUCCGGAUACUCGUCAUUGGAGCAGGAGGUCUCGGUUGCGAAAUACUCAAGAACCUCGCAUUGUCAGGCUUCACCAAUAUCGACGUCAUUGACAUGGACACUAUUGACGUCAGCAACCUCAAUCGACAGUUCCUUUUCCGUCAAAGCGAUGUCGGCAAACCCAAAGCACAAGUCGCGGCCGAAUUUGUCAUGAAGAGAGUCCCGGCUUGCAAGAUCAACUACUAUGUUGGCAAAAUCCAAGACAAAGAUGAUGAUUACUACAUGCAAUUCAACAUUGUGGUCUGUGGCCUGGAUUCAAUCGAAGCUCGGCGCUGGAUCAAUGCAACGCUGGUAGGCCUGGUCGAUGGGAACGACCCAGACUCUCUCAAACCAUUGAUAGAUGGUGGUACUGAAGGCUUCAAAGGCCAAUCGCGAGUCAUCAUUCCAACAAUGUCAUCCUGCAUAGAAUGUCAGCUUGAUAUGCACGCACCACGUGCCGCUGUGCCACUUUGUACCCUUGCAACAAUUCCACGACAGCCACAGCACUGUAUAGAAUGGGCCCACAUCAUUAAGUGGGAAGAAGAACGCAAGGAUAUUGUCCUCGACACCGACGACCCAGAGCACAUCACCUGGCUGUAUCAGACCGCACUCAAGCGUGCUGGCGAAUUCGGGAUUCAAGGUGUGACCUAUAGCAUGACCCAAGGUGUGGUGAAGAAUAUCAUCCCUGCCAUUGCAUCUACGAACGCCAUAGUCGCUGCCUCGACGUGCAACGAAGCUUUCAAAAUCGCAACCAACACGGCUCCUUUCUUGGCCAAUCCUGCCAAUGUCCCCGCUGGCAUCGAUCCCGACGAGUAUGAUCCCACCGACGAAGAUGCGCCAGCUCCGAACAAUUACAUGCUCUACACUGGCGACAACAGCGUCUACACCUAUACAUUCGGCCACAAGCGCAAGCCUGACUGUCCCGUCUGCGGCAAUCUCCCCAAGGAUCUCCUGGUGUCUAAGUCACAGACCUUGGGCGAAUUGAUCGAAAGCUUCGCCGAACGACCCGAGGCACAAUUGAAGAAGCCAAAUCUGCGCACUGGCGAAAAGUCUCUCUAUUACUCUAGCCCAGAGGGUCUCCGAAAAUCCACCGAGCCAAACCUCGUUAAGAAGCUGAGUGAGCUCGUGGAAGAUGGCGAAGAGAUUGGAAUCAGCGACCCGGCUUUUGCCAUUAACUUUCGAUACAAGGUACGCUACGAAGCGUGA